UCUGAAGAAAACAAGAAACAUGGAAGGUCAUAAGUAUAAUUAUCCAAGGGAAUUUUAUGACCAAUACGCUCAAAGCCAAGAAAAAUCUGUGGUCAAUAAAAUGCAACAGAAAUACUGGAAAACAAAACAAACCCUUAUAAAAGUUACAGGAAAAAAGGAAGAUGAACAUGUUGUGGCUUCAGAUGCAGAUCUGGAUGCAAAACUAGAGCUGUUCCAUUCUAUUCAGAGAACGUGUAUGGAGUUGCUGAAAGCAAUUGAACUGUAUCAAAAAAGGAUUUGUUUUCUGUCUCAGGAAGAAAAUGAAUUGGGGAAAUUUCUUCGAUCACAGGGUUCUCAGGAUAAAACAAGAGCAGGAAAAAUGAUGCAAGCCACAGGAAAGGCCCUCUGCUUUUCUUCUCAGCAAAGAUUAGCAUUGCGUACUCCUUUGAGUAGAUUAUAUCAAGAAGUGGAGACUUUCAGAUAUAGAGCCAUCUCAGACACAUGGCUGACAGUAAACCGAAUGGAACAGUAUCGGACUGAAUACAGAGGAGCUCUACUUUGGAUGAAAGAUGUGUCUCAGGAGCUGGAUCCAGAUCUUUAUAAGCAGAUGGAAAAGUUCAGGAAGGUUCAAGCUCAAGUGCGACAUGCAAAACUCAACUUUGACAAACUCAAGACUGAUGUCUGUCAAAAAGUGGAUCUUCUGGGAGCGAGCAGAUGCAACCUCCUUUCUCAUGUGUUAACAACAUAUCAGACAACACUUCUUCAUUUUUGGGAGAAAACUUCGCACACGAUGGCAGCCAUCCAUGAAAGUUUCAAAGGUUAUCAGCCAUAUGAAUUCACUAUGUUAAAGAGCUUACAAGAUCCUGUGAAUAAACUAACAGAAAAAGCAGAAAAGGAGGACCUGCAGAUUGAGAGCACCAAAUCAGUACAAGAUCAGCAGAGUCAGUUGAUUUCAUUAGAUGAGGAGAGCCAUACCAAGGAAUCAAACUAUUCAGGUACCAUAGAUGACCUAUUAGACCUGCAGCCUGAAGAAAAUGCUUCAAAGGAUCAGUUUGUGAGGUCCUUGGAGUCAGAACCUGGUGAUAAGGAUGACAUGGUAUUACUGAAUGAGAUCCUCAACGCUUCCUCCCUGGACGAGGGGGAAUUCAGCAAAGAGUGGACAGCUGUUUUUGGACAGGUUGCACUUGCUGAUCUCACCACGAACUCUUCAGCUGGAGAUGUGGAGAACACUUUAUCGUCUGUGGCACCAACACCAUCAGGCUUCUUGCCCUCACAGCUGUUAGACCAAAACAUGAAUGACUUGCAGUCGUCUUUACAUGGAUGGGCAGCUAACAGCGUGAGCCCGCCGGCGUGCCCCCCCCCCAUCCCCCAGCCAGCACAGAAACCAAACAGCCUGAAUGUGAAUGCUAACAAGACGCCCGUGAAAGAUCCUACAAAGAAUCCUAAAGACUUGACUGCCUGGUUCAGUCUCUUUGCUGACCUUGACCCGUUAUCCAAUCCUGAUGCUGUUGGGAAAACUGAUAAAGAACAUGAAUUGCUUAAUGCAUGAGUCAGCUGCCUAUGGUAACUCACAUUCUUCCAUUCAUCAACACUAUUUUGGGGGUUAAAAAAACUAAACGAAAAUUAGUAUGCUGUUGUGAAGCUAUAAAGUAUGUGCCAUGAUAAUAAAACUAAAGGGAAUGAUUCCCCUUUUAUAUAGGUGCAGUUAUUUGCUCUUGUUUUGUAUAAAGAGUUCGCAUUUAUUUUCUACGUGGAUUUACAAAAAUGAGGUUAAGAAUUAGGGCAGAUUUCUUGCCAAAUUAGAUUAUCUGCUGAAACACUGUCUUUGCCUGAGGUGAUGCGGAGCUAACACUGGAGUGAAAUACAAAUUGCAAACCUAUUUUUUUAUAAUGUUUCUUGAGUAAAUAAAUAAAAAAAAAAUGUAACUGAGGAGGCAGCAUGAGUCAAACAUCUAUCACGUAUAUAAUAUAUAUAUUACUGCUAUGUUAAGAUGUCAACUAAAUUUGUUUUGUUAGUACUCACAGUGAAAAAUCUGUGCUGGGGCUAAUUAUUGAAGAAAUACAUUUGGGUCUGUGCAGCCAUGGAAAUUGUGCCCUUUCUGAUUUAACUUAUUAGGCAAACUGCACUACAUAAACAGAAGUCAUGCCCAGCAGGCUUCUUUUCUGAGGUUUUUCUCCAUUGCACCAACAGAAUUUGCACCUGUUUGCAGAAGUUUCUUGCAACUGAUGCUUUACCAUGCCUUCAAAGCAUUCAUAUUUCUGUUCGGAGUAUUUUUCAUCCAGUUUAUUUCUGAAGCAUGUGUUAUUUUGAGCUUGUUGUGACAUUAACUCUUUAAUAAAAUGAUUUUGACAAAAA